UUUGCUGCCUGCAAUGUUUGCUGCUCCCAGCACGUGGUACACUGUGGUCAGAACGAUAAGACAUAACGGCCGCUGCCCCGGAUGUUAGUUAGGCUUCAGAUCAGGUUAGACCCUGCAGCGAGCACCUUACCUCUAGGACAGAAAGCGAGACAGCGAGACAAAAAGCCUAAUGCAAUUUCUCCAUUCCUCUGAGCCGCGUUGCCCAGUCAUUGGGCAUGGGCUUACCGCAUUUUGCGGCAGAUUGUGUCCAUGUCCAUGAUUCGCUGUUUGCCUCGUCGAACGGAUACUCAUACAUGCACCCACAGCGACAUUCCUGUAACGUAGCCCAUUGUCGGUGUGGCGGAGGCGAUUCGGGUGUCUAGGUUCAAGAGUUUGCUUGAUUGGAAGGGGACAGGACUGGAAACUUCCACCCCACUUCCGCGAUUUCUAGAACUAAUUAUCGAAUUGAUUGCCCGCUUGGUCCGAAAUCCGAUCUACUACAGUAGGAGACGGGACCUUAGUUACCAUUGGCCUGGCCACAGUUCCGAGCUCUGUCAUGUGGUGCUUCACGAUAGGGGGUCCGAGACCGAGACCAAAUGUCCUACCCAUGACGUGAAAGACGCGAUUUUUGCAUCGGCUCAAAAGCAUGACCGACGCGAUCAAGUGUGAAUGACCAGACACCCGACGACGCGACGUCGCGACGCAAUUCGAGAACACCAGCCACCAAAAAUCUUCCGUUCUAUCCCGAGGCCUCCGUUUUUCGCGCUCAGUUCCCUGUCAUACAACAACCCCAGUCACCGCUACCAGCAGCACGAGCCCACAGAAGGUCGGUGUUCGUUAGACCGGUUGGACAAAGCCAAGGCGUAAUGGACAAGACGAAAACCCUCGAGAGUGCCGAUGCGGGGGGUUUACUGGAGACGGAUUUAUCCCUCACCCUUACUCCCUUUGGCGCCUCCAGGAGACGAGAGGACGAGGAGAGUCCUUUCCGCGGUCCCAGGAGACGGGAGGACGAGGAGGUUGUACUUUCGCGAAGCGAUUCGACAACGCGACCCGCGGAGCCGCGGCUCGACAGAUUUCCGACGUCGGGCAGUCGAACGCGUAGUCCGCCGGCCGUGGCGGGCAGCUUGGAAAAAUCGCAGGAUAGUCCCGCCAAAACUCCCACCGAGGCUCGUCAGCAGGUUCGGCAGCAGCAGCAGCAGCUACAGCAACUCCUGGCUCGGUUGCAGCAGUUUAACCCGCCGGCUUUUCCGCCAGGCCCUUUCCCCCCGCAGCCGCGCGCUACUGCCUUCCCCCGGCAUGACGUGGCAAAUACUCCAACCGCCGGCCCGGGGAUCGCAGCGCCGACGCGGCCGCCGCAAUUUCACAUCCCAGCUCUGGCCCCCUUCUCCGCCGGAUCGCCCGCUUCGCCGCGCGGCGCCUCCGAUGUUCCGCCAGGCGCGCCGUCAGCGCACCACGCAGCGGCGGUGGAUUCAGUUGCGCAGUUCCUCCGCAGCCUCGGCGCGCCAGCUCCUUCCGCCUUCCCUGGGAUGUUGCUCGCAACUGCCCCCCCCUUCUCCGCCGCGGCCGCGCCUUUUUCCGCUCCCUCGCUUACCAUUUCCGCAUUUCCCGCACCCGCGGCUUCCGCCGCUGGCCGCUCUCCUGCCUCCGCCGGUCCAGCGCCCGCUACCCCCGCUCCCGCAACACCAGCGCCUUCGGCUUCCGCUACUCCCGUCGGCGCCAGCGCCGGCGUUGGGUCUGUAUCAGAGCAAGCGCUGGCGCGGCUUUUGGGCGCGCCUGGCGGAAAUCAUGCUGCGGAACUGGAACGCCUCGCGCUAGUGGCGCGGCUAUGGGGCGCGGCAGGCCUCGUUACAGCGCCGUUGGCGAAAAAUAGCGGUGUGCAAGUGGUAGGAGAAGGCGGAAACUGCGGCAACAAACCUGAGACAAGCAGAAGCGCGGAGGGUAUACUGUCCCGCCCUGUUUUCCCUGGGGAAAUCAGGAGGGGGGCGGGUGGUGAAGCGGACAUGGUAGCCGCGCGGAAGGGGGGGGAAGAUUUUGUACGCGGAGGGGCGAGCGGGAAAUGUGCGGAUGCUGGUGGUGAUUCCGCAAAGCCAGAUUCGGGCGGGUUGAGAUCGGUUGGUGGUGGUCCAAAUUCUGGCGAAGGUGGUCGAGACGGAAUGGCGUUACAGCUACACUCUGAACCAGCGUUACAAUUGUUCCAACCACAGUUACAAUCACAGCAAUUGCUCUCAUAUUCGCACCCACUUCAUUUGCCACCGCCUUCAGGAACAGAACCUGCCGCUUGGGCUCGAGCACUUGAGUUUCUCAAAAAUCAUCCCAGCGUCAUGGCAGGAGGAGGAGGAGGAGGAGGAGGAGGGGCAGCACCAGAUGCAGAUGUGAGCCCAGUGCUAGGGGCAGGGCUAGAAAUAAGCGGGGCAACUAGGAUAGGUGGUGCAAAAACACAAUGUGAGGAAGCGGCAGUGGGGAGACAAAGGACUGUGGCUCAGCCAAUACUAAAACGAAGCAGGUUUCAUGAAGAUGCAGGCAGAGAGGGUGCUAUUCUUGCUGGUGCCUCGGGACUUGCUGCUGCUGGUAUUGCUGAUGGCAGUGCUGGUGGUGGUGGUGGUGGUGCUGCUGCUGCUUCUGCUGCUGCUGCUGCUAAUGCUGCUGUAGGUAUAAACAUGGCGGUUGCUGGUGGGGGUGCUGCUGGUGCUGCUGCUUCAAGCGUCCGUCUCAUUGGUCCUGAUAAAAGAGACAGGGAAGGUGGAGGAACAGGAGGAGAGGAAGGAGAUGAAGCGGGAACGGAAGGAGGGGGAGGCGAGGAGGAGGAGGGGAGUGGGAGCAAGAGGAAGAUGAGGCUGACCCAGGAGCAGCUGAGCACAAUGGAAGCAGUAUUCAAGAAGACCCCCAGGCUCACCCCCAGGGAGAAGGGCGCCCUGGCGGGGCGGCUGGGCGUGCGCGUGCGGCAGGUGGAGGUGUGGUUUCAGAAUAGGAGGGCGCGCACUAAGGUGAAGCACACAGAAGCGGAGCUGGACGGCUUGAGGCGCCGAUGCAAAGCACUAGCUGAUGAGAAUCGCUGCCUAAGGGAGAGGCUCAGUCAAAAGCAAGAGCAACAGCGACAGCAGCAGCAGCAGGGGCGACCGCAUCAGUUGGCAGAGCAGCAACAGCCGCAGGGGCAGCAGCAGCAGGGACAAACAGGCUCCCCUGGCAGCAGGGAGCAGACUAGAGAAGCAACAUGGGUGCUUUGCACCUCCUGCCGAUGCUCUCAACAGCAGAACACGGAGGCAGGAGAAGAGGGUCUGAGGCUGACAGCAUUAGAAAUGGUGGCACACUUGGGAAGCCAGCCUCUAGGACAAGAGGAUCAGCAGUUGCCGAACCAGCAGAGGCAGCAACAUCAGCAGCAAUGUCUGCACCAGCAACAGCAGCAGCAACGGCCGCUCAGUCUUCAAUUACAGCAAGCAGUUGAGCAACACCUGGGAACUCUAGCUGAACUGCCCAGGGCCAGAAAUAAAAGAGAUGAUAGCCAUGCAGAUUUACCAUCUGAUAUGUCACCAGGUUCGUUUCUCAAGCUCUGAUGUAUAAAUUGCUCUACACAUA